AUGUCUGCUGCAUCUAAAGAAAGGCAAGCACGAUUAUGCAAUAUUGUACAGAAAAUAUUUCCAAAAGUCAUGCAAAAGAUAUUUAAAGAAAGUGUUAGUCCAAGAGGUUUACAAGUGAAAUAUCAACGGAAACACAUACCUAUCGAUUUAACAGAGAACGAGAUAUCCUUAAUGGAAAAACUUCCAAAUAUUGAUGACUUCACAAUUGAACUACAUGUAUGCUAUAAAAUAUUGCGGUACGAAAAUGUAUUGCAUGAACCGUCGUGUAAGUGGGGAAAUGUUCCACACGAUACAGAAGUUGCAAUCGGCGACGAUGUUCAGAGAAUACUUAAUGCAACUAAUGAUGUAAUCAGUAAGAAGUCGGAUGAAAUAUCAGAGCUAUAUUACGAAGAAUUUCAUCAAAGAACACGAGAUGUACUAAAGAGAGUGGACAAUUAUCUGUGUCAAGAUACUUCUAUACAAUUGUACCAAACAAUUCAGAGCUCUGAUAUUGAUAUUACUGAUAUGCUUCAACAACUGGCACUUAUGCAGCAAGUCAAUGUUAUCCAGACAGUUGAUGAGGAUAGUGAAAACAUAGAACGUUAUUCAAGAGUUUCACGAGUUAUCAUUGACACUUUUCCAAAUAUCUUCAGAGAUAUAAUCCGCUCAAAUAUUUCUGCUAACAAAUUGUACCAAAUGUGUUUGCCGCAUCUAACAAGUUUCUCCUCUGAUCAGGAAACUGUAUUAAAAGAUGCGAACUCGUCCAAUUCAUAUGAUUCAAUGGACAUUACAUUGAUAUAUAAGUUGUUGAGACAGUUAUCGCUGAUAAGUCCUCCUACAAAUGGAUGGGGAAAUAAACCAGAAAAAGCAGAUAUGAAACUGGCAGAUGAUGCAGAACGCAUUCGUCGUUACAGAAACCAUUUGGCUCACCGAUGCAACACAAACAUCGGAAAAGAUGAAUUUGAUGAUUACUUCGACACGUUCCGUGAUAUUUGUUAUAGAAUGGAUCUAAACUUUUUCAACAAGACAAAUUAUGAACGACUUAUAAAACUGCAUAAGACAUGUGGUAUGGAUAAGCAAAUGCAGACCAAAUACAUGACCGCCUUAAAACAGCUGGAAAAUAUAAAAUUGCAAUUUGAAAACAAACCUAUAAAGUUUUUCUGGGGAGAAAGUUUUAAUCAAAGUUUAAUGAAUCUGAGAUCUAUAUUGAAGGAAGAAUCAUUAGAAGGUAAUUAG